GCUCGAAGGAUUACGGAGUGUAAAUAAACCGCAGAGGAGAGGACGAUGUAGAAAUCGAACCUCCAGACAGGCUCAGUGGUAUAUUUUAGGGCUUUAAAAUAGUUUUAGUAGUAGUUUUUUUUCCCUUCAUGUUUAUCGGCAUCACACGUGACGGCCAUGAGCCACUGUUCAUCCAGGCUGGCGCCCGCCUGCAGCCCGCUGCCCGCGUUCACUGCGACGCAAAUGUCCAGCAUGUUGGACACCGCCGCAGAGCAGAUGAUGGUCGACAGAGACUUCCAGGCGGCUUUCGAAACGUGCGACAGAGGCCUGGAAAGUCUCGUCGACGUCGAGCGAGAGGACAGCAGAUGUGGCGACUUUAAGGCUGGCUUCUGCAUCCUGGGAAUUCAAGCAUUGGCCGAGAUGAAUCAGUGGCAGGGCGUCUUCUCGUGGGUCCUUCAGCAGUACGAGCACCGGGAGAAAAUACCAGCUAAGAUCAUGCAGAUGUGCAUACUUCUUUACUCCACGGUGGGAGAGCCGGCCGCGAUGCGGGAGCCCGCCAGAGUUUGGCUGCGCUGCCCGUCCAACGGCGCGGCGACGGGGUUCGGCACGGUGGCCGAGCUGUACCUCCUGCACGUCCUCGUGCCUCUCGGGCGCAGGGACGAGGCCGUGGAGCUGAUCGUCGGGGAGGUUGGAAGCGUCGCGUUCACGGAAGAUCAGAGGCAGACGGCACUGGACGUUGUGCAGGAAAAAGAGCAGCUGGAUACGGAACCACCCCUGAAUCCCGACGCCGGUCCAAACUCUGAGAUCCCUUCACGUCCCGUCUCAAGUCGAGGAUCUGUACUCCAGAAACUUGAAGCCAUGCUCAGGUUUUUGUGCAGAAAGGCGUCGUCGAGCGCCCGCGACUCAUUCCGUCUCCGGGGACUCUUUCUGGCCACCGUCCUCCUGUACAUGCUUCUGAUCCGCAUGGACGCAGCUCAUCCAUCUUCAUUCGUGUGGAUUUCCAAACUCCUCCAGCUGCUGAGACAGCUGUGGACCGCCAUGUUCGCACCGUACUAUCAGGCUCUCACUCGGAGGCCGUAAAGGACUAAAAGUCACAACGUUUUUCACUUAUUCAUUUUCACUUUGUUGUGCUGAUAAGAGAAUACGUAUCAAACCUGUGUGAACACCAGUCAUAUUAAUUCCUUAUUUCUGCCCCAAAGACAUUGGAUGUGACGUUUUCUGAGUCGGCCUCGAGGCGCUCGACUAGAUCGACAUGCUUCAGGUUUUAUGUCCAUCAUCCUGCCGCUUCCUCUUCAUCAUAAUAUUGAUUUCACUAACCAGGAAAGUUUCUCACAAAGGUUUAAAUAUCAGGAGUGAAUACAGGAGGGCCAAGACUGCGGCAGCAUCAACGCAUGCUAAAUAUAAAACACAAAUGUAUAUAUAUAUAUAUAUAUAUAUUAUUUACGUAUAGUUUUGUAAACUGUCCAAUUGUAGUGUACAACCGGAUUUUUCUUUUUUUUUUAAAGGAACUUUAGUUUGAUGUAUUGUUUAAAUAUAAUAAUACUGCCAUCUAUUGGUCUUUUUUAUUUCUCUGGUCCUCGUUCCCUUUUGAAAUAGAUACAGUCUAUAGCUUUAUGUCAUCAAACUGGCUUUCAUAAAUGCCAAGCAAAAGAUGCAACACAUUCCAGACCUCCAUGCAAGGAUCGAAGGGUCUGUCAUUUGCUUUUUAAACAUGCAUAGACAGUUGAGAUAACAAUGUAGCCACGUUGUUCUAUUUUUGUGUGAUCUUCACUUCUUUCGCCACGGGUUCUUUGGCCUGCGGACAAAGCGGGAAGGCAGCAAUUCCAAGCAAUUAAUCAACUUAUCAAUCAAGUAUUAUGAUAAAAAUGUCACCAUGCUUCCUUGAAUGAAAUCAUGCUCGGAGGAAAUGAAAUAAAGCACAGGUUAAAGCAAGGGUGUCAACAAAUCUCCUGCUUCCUUUUCAGUGCCUCCUGGUUUAGGAAGCUACAGCUGUUCUGAUUAGCUCUUCGACAUCAAAGCUUAAUAUUCUCCAUCUAAAUCAGUCAUGUUGCUGCUGUGGUAAACGGCAGUGAGAGGUGACUCACGCAGCAGAGUGUGAGUCAUCAGGCAGCUGGAUGACCCCCACCCCCCCGCACCCCCACCCGUGCCUCACAAUGCAGUGAGUCGUAGUUUUGUGUGCAUAGAUGGCUGAUAUUUGAUUGAUUGUCAAUCGUGAUGACACCUAUGACCUUAUUUGGGUUGAUAUAAUGAACAUUGCAACGUUUGCCUGAAUGAUGUUGCACCGAUGCAUCGUUAAAAAAAAAUCACCAUAAAAAUGGGAUUCACGUGCGCGUCAGUAUACAUUAAAAAUAACGAAUACCAUUAAUACUU